AUGGCUUCAGCCUUCAGAUCCCUCCUUGCUUUCUUACUGCUGUCCGCAGUCCAAACCAUCCAACCCUCCGCUCCAGAUCCCAUUGCUGCUCCAUUGCGUGAUUUGGAAUGGGGCCAACUUAACUUCCUUCAUACGACUGAUACUCAUGGCUGGUUGGCCGGCCAUCUCCAGGAACCGUCGUACUCAGCGGAUUGGGGCGACUACAUCUCGUUCACUAUCCGCAUGCGUGAAAUAGCCGAAGCUCAUGGACGAGACCUAUUAGUGAUCGACACCGGCGAUAGAGUCGAGGGAAAUGGCCUCUACGACUCCUCGGAACCCAAGGGUAUAUACAUUUCUGAGAUUCUAAAAGAGCAACAUAUAGAUGUGAUGUCGGCUGGAAACCACGAGUUGUACAAGAAAACCACAUCGGAGGCCGAAUUUUCGGUCACCGUGCCUAACUUUCAGGGGCAUUAUCUGGCAUCCAACAUCGAUAUCUACCACCCGAGAACAGGCGAACUCAUUCCAUUGGCUUCUAGGUCAAGGAAGUUCAUCACAAGUAACCAGGCAAUACGCAUUGUUGCAUUCGGUUUCCUUUUCGAUUUCACAAUGAACUAUAACAACACAGUUGUCCAGCCUGUAGAGGAAACUGUCAAAACCAGUUGGUUCCAAGAAGCUGUCCAUGACCAGGAAGUGGAUCUAUUCUUGGUCGUUGGGCACGUCCCGGUUAAAUCAAAAGAAUACGACGCCAUAUUCAAGAAAAUCAGAUCAAGCCACCCAUCCACGCCUAUUCAAUUCUUUGGCGGUCAUUAUCAUAUUCGUGACUGCGCCCGUUAUGAUUCGAACGCCUACGGCCUCGCCAGUGGUCGUUUCAUGGAAACCAUUGGAUUCAUGUCAAUUGACGGUCUAUCCACCAAAUACAACCAAGUAGCUCCCAACCUGGCAGAACCUGCCUUUGCGCGAAAGUAUAUCGACAAUAAUCUCUUUUCCUUCCAUUACCACACUGGCCUUGACGAAAACACCUUUCCCACGAUACAGGGUCAGAAUGUGUCUAGACUUAUCCAACAAUCUAGGAGCUCUCUAGGGUUAGACGAAAUAUACGGCUGCAUUCCGGAAGACUUGUGGAUGUCGCGGUCUCCCUAUACAGCGGACGACAGCAUUUAUGCAUGGCUACGGAAGAGGGUACUUCCAGAUAUGCUGGGUGACAAAUCUCGACCGGGAAAGCCAGCCUUUGCUAUCAUAAAUACUGGUGCCAUCCGGUUUGACCUUUUCAAGGGACAAUUCACGCGAGACUCGGCGUAUAUAGUUUCGCCAUUUACAAGUGGCUUCCGUUAUUUGAAAAACAUCCCAUACGAUAAAGCGAGAUUGGUCUUGGAUGUUUUGAACAAGCAGCCCAAAAUAUCCUCAACAUCUCGGGAUGAAAAUGGACCUGUACCGUGGAGCCUUGCGCCGCCAGAGCAAAGUGCCUUCAACCUUAACGACGCCUUCAGUCGAAUGCGACCUGACGGGUCAAUCCUUGAUAUGCCAACUGAUCAGAACCCCAUGUUUAGCAACCCUUAUCCUCAGUUUGAAAUUUUACCUGGAUACACCACCACAGAUGAUCUAGGUGCAGAUGGGGAUGAUACAAUCCAUUCGACGAUCACAUUCUACCAGGUACCGAAUUGCAUAGACGCACUGGCCCUCAACACCGCUUCUUCUAUUCCGGAAACGGUAGAUCUUGUGUACAUUGAUUUCAUAGAGCCUUAUGUGGCUUUGGCAGUCAAGUAUGCUGGCCUUGACAUUGACGUCCCUGAUGAAAGCGAUGUCUACAUGCCCUCUAUUACACUAACAGACCUCAUCAUAAACUGGGUUAGGGCCAAUUGGGGUUGCGUUGCAAAUUAA